CCCGCCCCCGAAGCCCAGGCCGGGAUCGCCAGCGGCCGGAGCGACCGGAUCGUCUCUGGCCCAACCAAGCGGGGCGGGGGCCGGGGCCCAGGGGCGACUGGGGCCAACCCUUCACAGAGGCUGCAGAGGGCUGGGGGGCCCACCCCACCCACCACCAGAUCAGGGGCCUGUAGUAGCCCCCCGCCCCUGCCCCGCAGCCCUCAUCCAGGCCCAUCCUCGGGGACCCAAGGAGGCCUAGGCUGGCCUAGGCCCAUACACCGACCCCAAGCAGUUUUCCCCAGGCGCUUCCUAUUUCCCAUCGGCGACAAGAUGACGGUUCCCAGCUCGGCCAGAGGACCCCGUGAGUCAUCCUGUUAACUCGGCUGCUUUCCAGGCUUGGCGAUCAGCUGUUCACUCAUGACGGAGCCCCCGGGCCGGCGGUUCCGGCGGCUGAGCCGGGAGCAGGUGGCCACCCUGGAGCGGGUGCUGUCGGCGGCGGUGCCCAUCCACGGGCGCGGCAACUUCCCCACCCUGGAGGUGCAGCCCCGCGCCAUCGUGCGCACCGUGCGCGACCGGCUGCGCCAGAAGCAGAUCGCCGUGCGGGACGUGCGGCUCAACGGCUCCACGGCCAGCUACGUCCUGGUCCCCCGGGCCGGGCCCGGCUGCAAGGACCUGGACAUCAUCUUCGGGGUGCGGCUGCCCAGCGAGCGCCACUUCCAGCUGGUCAAGGAGGCCGUCCUGCGCGGGCUGCGCGACUUCCUGCCGGCCGGCGUCUGCCGGGACCGGAUCACCGCCCGGACCAUGAAGGAGGCCUACGUGCAGAAGCUGGUCAAGGUGUGCGCCGACGGCGACCGCUGGAGCCUCAUCUCGCUCUCCAACAACCGCGGCAAGAACGUGGAGCUCAAGUUCGUCGACGCCCUGCGACGCCAGUUCGAGUUCAGCGUCGACUCCUUCCAGAUCGUGCUGGACCCGCUGCUGGAGGGGCCCGGGCCUGGGCUCGGCCCCUGGGCGUUGGGCACCGCGCCCGUCACCUCCGGGCCUGGCACCUCGCUUGUCACCCCUGGGACUGGCAUUGCUCCCGGAGACCCUGCGCUAGGCCCCGUGGUCGUCGCCCCUGGGCCUGGCAUUGCUCCCGUGGCCUCUGAGCUUGGCACCGCGCCCGUCACCCCUGGGACUGGCAUAACUCCCGUCGCCCCCGCGCUUGGCACCGCGUCCGUCACUCCUGGGACUGGCAUCACUCCCGUCGCCCCCGCGCUUGGCACCGCGUCCGUCGCCCCUGCGCUUGGCACCGCGUCCGUUACCGCCGGGACUGGCAUCACUCCCGUCGCCCCUGCGCUUGGCACCGCGCCCGUCACCCCUGGAACUAGCCCCCCACUCGUCACCCCGGGGCCUGGCAUCGCGCCCGUCUCCCCUGCGCUUGGCACCGCGUCCGUCAUCCCUAGGCCCGGCCCCUCGCUCGUCACCUCGGGGCCCAGCAUCACACCUGUCGCCCCCAGGGCUGGCACCGCUCCCGUGGCCCCCGGGCCUGGCACCGCUCCCGUGCCCCCCGGGCCUGGCACCGCUCCCGUGGCCCCCGGGCCUGGCACGGCGCCCGUCUCCGUCCUGGCCGAGAGCGUGUACGGCGACUUCGAGCGGGCCCUGGGCCACCUGCGCGGGCGGCUGAUCGCCACGCGGCAGCCGGAGGAGAUCCGCGGCGGGGGGCUGCUGAAGUACUGCCACUUGCUGGUCCGCGGCUUCCGCGCGGCCGACGGCGCGGAGCUGCGCGCCCUGGAGCGCUACAUGUGCUCGCGCUUCUUCAUCGACUUCCCCGACGUGGCGGAGCAGCAGCGGCGCAUCGAGUCCUACCUGCGCAGCCACUUCGUGGGCGAGGAGCGCAGCCAGUACGACUACCUGAUGACCCUGCGAGCCGUGGUCAACGGCAGCACCGUCUGCCUCAUGGGCCACGAGCGCCGCCAGACCCUGGGCCUCAUCACCGCCCUGGCCCUCCGCGCCCUCGGACGCCACCCCCCCCGGCCCGACGCCGCCCGCCUCUGCGCCUACUACCGGCCCGACGCCUACUGCGGCGUCUACUACGUCGCCCAGGCCCCGCGCCGCCGGCCCGGCCCGCUGGACGGCUAA